ACCUUGUGAUACGGCUGUUACAACGCGACGGCGCAGGCAACUAUAGUCUUACCCAAUACCUCGUACAUAAAGAUGCUCCCCCGUAUGCGAUACUUUCCCACACUUUGGAGUACUUUUGGGUUAAUACCUACUGUAUCGAUAAGUCUGAUAGUAUCGAGCUUCAGACAGCUAUUAAUAUCUACAGAGAACUGUACUACUAUAGAAAGAUAUCUUCCGAUAAAGCUAAUAGUUUAUAUACGGAGCUUAUUAUACUGAAGAUAGUUAAGUUUUAUUCGAAGGAAGGCGUACAGCUAGGUAAUAAGAGAUCCUUAGAGCCUUUGAUUUAUAAUAUUAUAGGUAUUCCUAUAAGUAUACUUUACUGUAUACCUUUAUCUAACUUUCCUAUUGCGGAACGAGAAGUAU